GCCCGAUUUGGGAAGUCUGUUUCACGCUCCUUGCUCUGUCCACUCAACUCCCUCUUAAGUUCACUGCCUUCUGCUGUCUUCUCUUCGUCCUGGGUGUACUAUUAAACUGUAGUUCUUGUGAUAUUUACUAGUUUUCUUUGGCAAUGUCUCGCAUCUCGAAGAGUAGCCAUAGCCGGCUCUCGAUUUCUUCACGACUCCGCUCUGCAACGAGGCUCCUCACUUGUACCCUCCUAUUCCCUACGACUGUUCAUUGUUCUGAAGAGAAGGUCAUAUCAAUUCUGACUUCUCAGAAAUCAUCUCCCGAUCUUGAUAAAGACGAAGGAUCGAUGCACUCGUCCUCUGCCUUUACAUACCCUCCUCCCGCCUACUCAUUAUCGACUCCUGUGGAGGCGGACCCUUCCAAGCUUUUCCCUCAUAUCGACGAGGAAACUAUGACUGCGAUCCUUAAUCACGACUUUCCAGCCGCUGAACUCUAUAAGCUCGAUACCCGUCGUAUACAAGAGUCGUCAUGGCAUAUCGUCGACCUUAACGACAGUCUGGUAUCCUUUCGCUCUGUUCCCUCUGCUCGCGAGAUCUACCAAAAUCUGGAUGCCCUUAUGAUUCCCCUCAAUACAUAUUUCUCGAUCCUGUCCGUACAUGCACUCUCUAAUGGCCAACCGAUCACGGUACCGCACUAUUUCUUCAAGUACAGCAGUCACCUCAUCAAGAUCGCUGCACAAUACGAGUGGUCCGCUGUUUUGUUGUAUCACUUCGCAUUCUUUGCGAGGAGAUGUAACGAGAUGUUGCACGGGGACUACUCUGGCUGGGCUAAGAUUGACGUCGACUUGAUGGAGGAGAUUCUCGUUCAGCAUCGGAAGGUACGUCCCGUUCUUGAGCGGUUUGAACACUAUCAGAUGAAGGACUCAACCUUGCUCAGCCGAUUCCAAGGAAAAUGUAGGACGUCUUUUCAUCUAGUCAUUUUGAAUGCUAUGGAAUUUAGGUUAAUCGUUAUGGUAUUGUGCUAGUGAUACAUUCUGCAUUGUAAUAUCUGUUUACAAAGUUCUUCUCCAUGCCAACUUGAAUAACACCCAUGGAGUCCCUCAUACCCACUCCAAUUCUGUACACUACCACAGGAAUCACUAUUUGGUCUUGGUCAUCUUUCAACGCCAUCAGAUUCAAUAUACUCGCCUGCACACA